AUGGACAAAAUUGACACAACCCCCGGAGGUAAAACCUCAUACUGCUACCACGGCGGCGGCAGGCAGGAUGAUGAUGAUUACCUACCCGAGUGGUUUUUGUUAGAAUUGUUAGUCAAACUUCCGGCGAAUGACGUGUUCAGAUUCAAGUCCGUCUCGAAACAAUGGUUUAACUUCAUCUCCGAUCCACCUCUCAGAGCUCUGUAUUUCUCCAGACAGCCGAAACCAAUUCGUUGCCCAUUACUCUUUGUGAGUACAGCCUAUAAAUGCUUCGAUACGCUUACAGAUCCAAACCAAUCCGAUUCUUCUGCGUAUGGGAGAGAUCGUGACAAUCUUACCCUACCAACUCCACUAAUCAGAAGAGGAGGAAACAGAGAAAUCAGGCCAUUCUACAACAGAGCCGCCGACAAGGGCUUUAUCUUGGCCGAGGUGGCGGCGGUGGCGCAUCUGUACGGAGAAUUGGUCGUUUACAACGCCGUCACCGGCCAGAGCUGCGAACGCCUCCCUAAUCCUCGCCGCAAGGAAAACAAUUGCUCUCUGGGUUUCAUAACCCAAGUGGAUGACGGAUCCGGGUUUUUGACUGAUUACAAAAUCGUAUCGGUUGCUUCUCAGAUGCAAUUUCGCAAUUUCCUUGACAUGAGUAUAUUUUCUUCGGAAACAAGGAGAUGGGAAGAUUUCAGGGUGCAAUCUGAAGCUCCCGUCAAUUUUUGCUCCUACUAUUACAACAGACCCGUUCUUGUGAACACCACUCUGUAUUGGGUCCAUCGGAGCCCCGGAAUCAUUCUAACCUACGAUCCGUACGCCAACCCGAAUCAGCUCCGGAUCAUUCAACUCCCAACUCAUCUUGAGGAUGAUAGUGAUUACGAUGACGUCUCAGGUGUUUGGAAAAUUGUACACGGAAAUGAUGGUUUUUGGGAAACUUUGAAAAUAUGGGAUCUCCAGGAAAACCAUCACUGGCGACUUGGGCAUACAAUCCAGGUUGGCGAAAUUCUAGAUUUGGCUCCUUCUAACAUUGGCUCUUCAGACAAUGCCCUUUUCGUAUCGUUCCAUCCAUCAGAUCCAGACGUUGUAUAUUUGGAUUUGGAGAGUAAAGGAACGUUGAUUUCGUGCAACGUUCAGACCAAGAGAGUGGAUGGAGUUAUUCCAUAUUGGCCAUCGGACGAGCAUUACUCGAGUAGCAAAUGGUUUCUGCUGGAGCUUUCGCCUUGGCCCGUCUCCAUUCCGCCUUCUCUGCUGGCUAUAUAUAGCCAUGACUAA